AUGGGUAUUGGAUUGUCUAAGUGGGAUAAUUCGCCAUUGCUAAGUCUAUGUAAGGAGAGGAAGGAGUUUAUUAAGGCUGCCAUUGAUUGCCGGUAUGACCUGGCUUCGGCCCACAUUAUGUACCUUCAAUCACUUGUAGAUGUUGGCAAUGCCUUCACUCGAUUUAUAGAGGAGGAUUUGGUGAUUAAAGUGGAUUCUAAUCAUGAGUCCUCAGAGGAAAAUUCUCAUUCUAAAAUUCCCUCCAUGGAUUCUGAGAGUGAUUUAGAGUCACUGACAGAUUAUGUUCAUAGCGACUCUGAUGUAUCAGAAGGUCUAACAGAUUAUGUUCAUGACCACACAGAUGUAUCAGAAGUUCUGGAACCUUCCUUCCCAACAAAUCAGGGCCAAGAUAGAGUGAAUUCAAACACUAAUCUGAUGAAGUCUUCCACUACAACACCCUCUCGGAUUUUUCUGCAGACAACACCGGGGGAAGAUUCAGCAAAUGCGCUCUGUGGACAAUCUUAUAAUGAAAGUGGGGAAUCCUUCAAUGUUCUGAACAGUUAUUCACACAGCAAUCUUAGGCACACUCAUUAUGAUGAUGGCAUACAUUACGAUGUCCUGGUGGAAUCCCCUUAUAAAGAUCUUAGAUACCCCCAGUAUGUCCAUGCCCUUAGGUACUCCCAACAUGAUGAUGUGGUGUCGGCUGGUGGUAAGGUAGAUUUUCCGGAUGAUAAUGUAAGGUAUGCUUCUUAUGGAAACUGGGUAGGUUCUGGAGCUCCAACGGAUUUUCUGCAGAAUGAUGGGUUAUCUGUUGGUCAUUAUAGUCAACCACAAACUACUCUUGAUACAUCUAUUCCUCUCAUGCCUAAUGUCUCAGCUUGGAAUCGCCCUGACCUAUUUAAUGUGACUGGGAGUUGUCAUCAAUAUUAUUAUUAUUCUCAGGAUAGAAUCUAUAGUGGAUCUGAUGGUAAUGAUUCUGACUUAAUAUCAGUGAGGAAGAAAGAGGGAAUUCCUGAUUUGGAAAAUGAAAAUCAGGAAAAAUUUAUGGAGGAAGUAUCUGAGGAGAUAGAAAUUGAAGAUGAUAUAAGGAGAGAUUCUGGUGGAGGCACUUCCGAGGCAGCACCAGCAAAGACUGAUGAGCCUGUGCCAUUCAUUCAUAACAAACAGGAUGAGAUUGAGCUUGAAGCUUUAUCAAACCCAGUGCACAAGUCAUCUGCCACCACUAUGGGGUCAGGGGAGGCCAAAGUUGUAGAAGAAAAUAUUAUGGCCAGAUCUGAUACUUCAGUAAGGGAAAUCUUGGAAGAGGAGCAUGAAGAGGUUGGAGGUCUGAGUUCUGAUGUUGACAUUGUAUUUACUGAGCACAUUGAGCCUAUCGGUUCCAAUAGUAGUUUGAAUCUGCACUGCACAUGGGAUAUUCAGGAAAUAAUGAAGGGAAUUGGGAAUGAAUUUGGAAAUUUAUUUGAUAAAAGCAAAGAAUUAUCAGGAUUGCUUGAGGCAGGGAAACUACCAUAUCAACCCAUGCGCAUCAAACUUAGGGUGUUUGCCUCUCAGAUCCUGAACUUGAUAAUCCCUGCUAUUGUGACUUCUUCUUCGCAACCUUCUUAUAUGCUUUCAAAUGGAUCAUCUUCAAGAUCAAUGAUGAUGGAAAAAGCUAACGGCAAGAGCUUUGAGGAUCUCUGCUGUAAGUUUGGUGACCUGUCAUCCACUUUGGAGGAGCUGUAUGCUUGGGAGAAGAAACUUUUUAAGGAGGUUAUGGCUGAAGAAAAGCUUCGCGUUAUCUAUGAGAAGAAGUGCAAUAGGCUAAAAAAUCUGGAUGAUAUGGGCGCUGAUUCCAGCAAGAUUGAUAGAACCCAUGCUUCAAUCAAAACGUUGCUUUUAAGAAUUAAUGUUAUUUUCACAUCAAUUGAUGCAAUAUCAGCAAGGAUUCAAAAAUUAAGAGACACAGAGUUGCAUCUCCAACUGAAUGAAUUGAUCCAAGGGUCAAUUAAGAUGUGGAGUUUUAUGAUCGAGGGCCACCAGAAGCAAUUACGAGCUGCUGUGGAGGCCAAAACCUGUGCUCAUAUUGGAAGUGUUCAGGUUCGAAAAGAUUCAGGCUUAAAGGCUACGCUCAAACUUGAAAAGGAGUUAUUAAAUUGGAGUAAAUGUUUUAGCGACUACGUCAGAAUGCAGAAAGCCUUUGUGAAAUUCUUGAAUGAUUGGCUUCUGGGAUGCAUCUUUCAAGAACCGGCAGAAACUCCAAAUGCCUCCAACACUCCUGAUGAACCCGUCGCUUUCUCUCCAAGCAGAAUAGAUGCCCCACCUAUAUUUAUUGUUUGUAACGAUUGGUACCAGGCAACUAAGAAAAUUUCAGAAAGUGAAGUAUGCAAAACCAUACAAGAGUAUGCUUCAAGCUUGCACCAUCUAUGGGAGAAGAAAGAAGAAGAAUGCCGCCACAGACUCAAAGCUGAAAACCUUUUUACAUACUUGGAGAAGCAAAUGAAGAAUCUCCACAAGGAGAGCAAGACUUGGAAUCAAGAUGCAACACCCGGCAAUGAACCCGCCUCAGCUUGUCUUGCUGAAAAUGGAGUUGCACUGCUGGAUGGAUUCGUUGAGGACUUGAUGUCCACAAGCAAGAGACUGGAUGAACAGAAGAGAAGACAUCAAGAAAGUGUUGAACAAGUUAAUGGUAUAGCUUCAAGUUGUUUGCAGGAGGGUCUAACUCCCAUUUUAGCAGCGCUGGAGAGCUUUUGUUCAGAUAUCAUAAAAGCUUACGGGAAAGUCAGAUUACCAGACGGACAUGAAGGAUCCCAGUGAGUAAGGUAACCAGUAGAGUUUGUUCUACAUAUAUUGAGUGAAGCCAUUUGUAAUAAAGAACACUGAUUGCAUGGCAGAGACCAAUUAGUCUUUUCGACUGAAUUGCAUGUUGGAAGUAUUUAUCAGUCAUUCUAAUUAUA